UAAAUUAAAGACAGGUAUUAAUCAGCUGACUAAUUUAUAAAUGAGAAACGGCGACUCUGCAGUUUUCAAAUUUAUCUUUCGGUAAAGCUUUAACUUUGUAAGCUAAUUUUUACUCAAAAUACGAUAAAUAUAUUUUAAAAAAGAAAUUUUAAAUUUUCUAUUCAUAUCCCGACGAAUGUUAAGCCGACUCGUUUGUCUUUUAUAGGUGAUCAAAUCUAGCCAAUUUUGUUUCAACGUUGAAUAACUUGGUGAAAAAAAAAUUACACUGCAAUCUGCAAAUACGCAAUUUAAAGAGAAAACUUCAUAAUUUUUUAUGUGCAAAAGCCAGUUGUGCUUGAUUUUUUGUUUGCACGGUGCAGCUUUAUUAGACAAACUUUAUUAGAAAUUUGACGGAUCUUAAUUUAUAUUCAUAUCAUAUCGUAAAAAAUAAAUAAACUUUAUAUUCUACAAUAUAUCUAGAAACUCUUUAAAGACUCUCGUGGCUGUAAAUUGUUGCUUAAUUAUUUCCUAUUAUUCUUACGAAAGUCGCAAUCCGUAAUCAACUAUUUUUUUUCUUAUUUGGUGAUAUGUCACAAUGUUUUUAGCCUUCUCCGAGGAUAUUUAUGGCCAUUUAGCACAUUGUACUCUUUUUCUAGUUUUAUGUAAUCUGUCAAGAUUGCAGUGUAAUUCCAAUAUUGAGCUAAAAAUCACUUUGCAAUCAAAUUAAAACAUUUAGCCUUCUGGACUUUGAAAAUAUCGAAGGGGUAAUAAGUUCUUCAAUCAGUUCUUCAGCAAAAGGAUAUCUACUUAUCGUUCGUGUUAUUUGUUUCUAUCAAGAAAUAUCUUUGAAGGGAAAAUUACUGCAUAUGUGUUAGUCGAUAAUCAUUGCGUGUCCCGAUUGAAACAUUGAUCUAACCUAAUUUAGACCCAAAAAUGUAAAGGUUAUCGUCAGCUACCGCGCGUUUCUCAAGUUCCCACAGAAGACUACCACAGGUGACAAACCUAGGAAAGAGAAAACGCCAUUGUGUUUCCCGAUAAGGGAUUUGUACGUACAAGAAAGAGAAAACUCACAAAAGACAUCUUGACGGUAUAGGUUAGGAAUUGGAGUAUAGGUUAGGUUAGGUUAUAGUCGCGCACAGACUCAAGCAUGUCAGGUAAAGAAUCGAGCGACGAGAUUCAGGUAAUAUCCGAGAAAUUGCAGGCUGCCACGACGAUCGAGCCAGCGUCGCACAGCGUGCAACAGCCCGGCAACUCCUGCAGGAGUUCGCGAAAAGGCAACAACAAUGGUGCCUCGCCGUGUCACCCGCCCGUGGCGGACGACAAAAAGACUCCUUGUGCCGCCGGUACCACCACCAGCACCGCCGUGGAUUAUAACGUCGCGACGAGGAAUUUACCCGAGCUCAACUUGCCUGAGAAGAUCCUCAUUGUUAUUGACACGGUGAAGGAACAGCAAUGCACUCCCUUCAAACUCGGCACAGGUGCCAUGUAUUCGCCGCUCUAUAUGAUCAAACGAGCGGUCGAGUGCUUCGUCCACGCAAAAUCCACCAUCCAAAUGAACCACGAAUUCGCACUGAUGAGCGUGGACUCGCGGAGCAUGCAUUGGCUCUGUGACUACACCAACGACACCAGGAGCGUGCUAGGCCAUCUGGACAACAUCGUCGAGGACGUGAUAGACGAGCAGCAGCGUGUCUACGACCUGGAUCAGCUAUUCGAGGCGAUUUACACUAAGAUCGCGAUGCCGUUGACGAAGGAGCAGGAGGCGCUGGCGCCGACCUUCUCGUCGCGCGUCAUCCUCAUCUACGGCCGCUCCAACUCGAUUCCCAAGUUUUAUAAAGGCCAGAAGUAUUUGUACGAUCUCACGGACAACCCGUACUUCUUCCUGGACGUGUUAUUCGUGCACGAGCCACCUGGUGAAGACAACAUGUGUGAGGAGGUUUACGCUGAGAUCGCGACGUUGGACACGACGAACCUCUCGUACAUCUUGGAGGUCGGCCGCAACGCCGCUAACAUACACAACAACAUGGCCAAGCUGUUGGCACACCCACUACAACGACCGCAGCAGAACGACGCUUGUUACACGCUGUACUCCACGCAGACUGCUCAGGAGGCACAUACCAACGUCUAGUGGUCGUCAGAAGGUGUCUCCUUCUUUAGUAGGACUCUUGGCACUCUGACUGAUGGUUCAGCCAUGUUUCGUCGUGUAUUGCUCUGGCCUGUAUUAAUAGUUAUUAAUUGAAACUCGUCUCUAGUAUGAUACUCAGGUUUCAAUGCAAAGUUAGAUGAGAAUUUUUCAAUUAAAUCGCGCACGUUACACAUUUAAAGGUCACACAUUCUAAUUCAACUUAGAUCUAAGUCUGAAUACAAAUCUGAGUACUUCAUAUGAACCAAGUUUCAGGUGACGACUAUUAAUACAGGUCUUAGUCUGUGUCAGACUAGAUAUUGAAGACUGAGAUUACUGGGGCCUGUAUCAAUAAUCGGCUAAAACUUAUGUUAUAUGGAAGAUACUUGGAUUUUCUUUUAAAGACAGAUUCAGAUUUUUUAGUUGAAUUAUAUGACAUUUGUACUUGUAAUUGAUUCAAUUGAAAAGCUCUCCUUUGGAUCUGAAUUGAAAUUCGAAUAUCUCACUUGAGACGCGUUUUAAGUAAUAAAUAUAAUAGUGCAACUGAGAACUCACAUCUAAGGUUUAUAUUAAUAAGUCGUUACUUAAAACUUACCUCAGGUGAGUUAGACGUAAGUUUCUUAGUUAAAUCGCGACUACAAACAUCACAUUUGACAUCUACAUAAUCACUAAAUAAAUUAGAUAAAUUAUUAAAAAAUUUAAUAAAUUAUUAAAUAAUUCAAAUGAAAAACUUAGAUCUUUAAAUUUAAAUUUGAGUAUCUUAUGUAUAAUAAGUUGUAAAUAAUGAUUAUUAAUAUGAGUCUAAGUUUGAAUUAAAAUCAAAGUAUUUCUUACUUGAGGUUGGGUUUCAAGUAAUAAUUAUUAAUACGGCUUGGGAUUUGAUAAAUUAAUUAAUUUCGAUCUUGGCAAGUCUUUCCCUAACUAGUCAAGUCAACAUACCACUCUUGAUCUUUUGAUAUUCAAUUUAAUAUGGUCAUUUUUGACAGUGACCCGCUUUGUCUGUGGAAUAUAAGCAAAUUGCAAUCUCUAAUUUUCAUUAUCUAUUUUGAUACAGGCUUUACUCGAUUUUUACGGAAGAUCAACACGCUGAUUAUCGCCCUACGAUUUCGCUUUAAUGUCUUAAUAGAAAAAUUACCAUUCAUGUCGUCAUACAUUACCGUUUGAACUAUCGAGAGGAAUAAAUAAAAAUAUUGUCUUCUGCCACAGGUUCGUAGAAUAAGUCUUGCGAGCGAGCGAAUUGAGCACAUUGUGUCUCUUAGCGAACUGAGUCUCAAAAGUUUCAAAAAUUUCUAAUUUUACUGACACAUCAACAUUUCCUUUUCAUGUAUUUAACUGUGUUUUUUUCUUCUUUUAUAAUUUUGUGCUACUUGUAAAAGUUGUAAGCCGCGGUUCAUUGUUCCACCUCCUCUUAUAUUACAUUGUAACAUCGUCCACUGUGUCACGCGCACCAUAUCGCCCUCGCUAACGGCUCUUAAAGCUGCACAAUACACUGCUCCGACGUCAAAUGUGCUGAGAACUUGUCCUUGCGCGCGAAGCUGCGUCCGCAAAUGCGACAAGAGAACGGUCUCUCGCCGGAAUGCACUCGCCGAUGUCGCGUGAGAUUGGACGCGUACGAGAAUCUCUGCGAGCACUUGUCGCAUGUGUACGGCUGUUCGCCGGUGUGUGUUCGCCGAUGCUUGUUGAGAUCGCCUGCGUGAUUGAACUCCUUGCAGCAGAACUCGCAUGUCAAUUGGCGCCGUCGUCUUCUCGCUCUGUCGUCACCCACGUCUCCAUCUUGUUCGCUCACUUCAGCCUUGUGCUGGAGCACCGCGCUGGAAGCUUCUCCGGGGUGAUUUUCUGCGUCGCCAAUUAUCGUCGAAUCGUCGUGGACACACGUCUUCUCCUGGACAAUUGCCGAAUUGUCGCUGGAGACACCUCGGUUGGUCACUUCCGUGUUCGGAUCUUCGCUGGCGUGAACCUUCCUCGCGAUUACCCCCUCGAUAGGCAAACGCAGACCGGUCUUCUUGAAAUAAUUCUCGAUCUUGACGAUGCAAGGAGAACAAACUGUGUUCAAAAUCUAGACAUGAAAACAGAAGCGAGCUUUAACGUCUCCCUGUGGGAAAGAUGAUCAAGUGUAAAGGAACGCGUAUGAGUUCCUCGAUCGUUUCAUCAAGGGAAUUUUCUAGAUUCAUUACCUGACGUUACAAAUACUGUUGCUGUAGUGUAAGAUAUUUUUUAUGGCUUAUAGGAAUGUUAAGAUAACUAUAUACAGUAAACAAAUACAUUGUACACAUACACAACACUAUACGGCACAAUUCCCAAGUUAUUUGUAAAGUGUUACGACAAAUAAUACAAUAAAUGUUACGAUUAUUUCAUGAUCAA